UUAUCUUCCUAAUCCGUACUCUUCUCUUCUUUUCUCCAAAAACAAAAAAUGGAAUGGAUAAAUUCACUUCCCAAAAUCGAGCUUCAUGCUCAUCUCAACGGCUCCAUUAGAGACUCCACUCUUCUAGAGCUUGCUAAGGUUCUUGGUGAGAAAGGCGUUAUAACGUUUGCUGAUGUUGAACAUGUCAUUCAGAAAAAUGAUCGAUCUUUAGUUGAAGUCUUCAAGUUGUUUGAUUUGAUCCAUAAGGUCACUACUGAUCACAAAACCUUGACAAGGAUCACCAGAGAAGUUGUAGAGGAUUUUGCUUUAGAGAAUGUGGUGUAUCUUGAGUUACGAACAACUCCAAAGAGGAAUGAUUCAAUUGGUAUGAGUAAACGUUCUUACAUGGAAGCGGUAAUUGAAGGUUUGAGAUCUGUCAGUGAAGUUGAUAUUGACUUUGUUACGGCAUCGGAUUCUCAAAAACUGCACAAUGCCUGUGAUGGAAUUGGAAGAAAGAAGAUUUAUGUUAGGCUUCUUCUUAGUAUUGACCGUAGAGAGACAACCGAGUCCGCAAUGGAAACUGUCAAGCUCGCAUUGGAAAUGAGAGAUGUUGGGGUAGUUGGUAUUGAUCUUUCAGGGAAUCCUCUUGUUGGAGAAUGGAACACUUUCUUACCUGCAUUACAGUUUGCUAAAGACAAUGAUCUUCACAUCACUCUUCACUGUGGAGAGGUCCCCAAUCCAAAAGAAAUCCAAGCCAUGCUGGAUUUCAAACCGCAUCGAGUUGGCCAUGCCUGUUUCUUCAAUAAUGAAGAUUGGACAAAGGCAAAAUCUUUCCGGAUUCCGAUUGAAAUAUGUCUAACGUCCAACAUUGUAACCAAAUCGAUAUCUUCCAUUGAUAUACACCAUUUUGCUGAUCUCUACAAGGCAAAACAUCCAUUGGUCCUAUGUACUGAUGAUUUUGGAGUAUUUUCCACAACCCUCUGCAAUGAGUACGCUCUCGCUGUUCGUUCCUUUGGUCUUAGUAAAAGAGAAACUUUUGCAUUGGCUAGAACUGCCAUAGACGCAACAUUUGCAGAAGAUGAAGUCAAGCAACAACUUAGGUUGGUUUAUGAUUCAGCCUCGCCAGAGUAUGUUUAGCGCCUCAAAUAUUACUGGUUUACUUGAUUUUGUUGGUUUAUAUCAAACCGGACAAAUGUGUUUUGGUUCAUUGGUUGGUUCGAAUUAAACUCAUUCGUCUCAAAAUUUCGACUGUACUACUACUGAUAUGAUUUUUUAAAUUUAAAAUUUCACAUUUUCUUUUUA